AAGACUGUGCUGCAUACGCGCCGUGGCGGAGAACGAAGAUGGCGGAGAAUAAUGUCGAAGCAGAGCACGAAUGGAGCGACUGGGCCCUAGAUUCGGCCGAAGACACUUUGAUAGCAAUGGAAACCCUUCUUGCCACACUGAGGGCUUUUGAAGACGUCCUCAGGCAGCAGCCAAUUUCCAUGGCAUCCUCGACGGAGUACUGCGACAACUUCUGUCAGGCACUGAUGCACUAUGCUGGAAGCAGGAACUCCAUGGAGCACGGUCUGCCACUUUUGGAGGUCUACUGCCUGUCCAUAAACUGUUUCGCUGCAGCGCGAUCUCACCUCACUGCCGAGUCUGACAGAGUGGCCCUUGUUUUAAAGAGACUAGCUUUGAGCUGUUUUGAGCUUCUGCUUUCGGUGCCUGAGAAUGAAAUCCCAUUUGAAGCCUGGGUUCAGUUCAACCAAUCUGUUCAGAUUGCCCAUGACAGCUUACUGCAGUUUGGAAGUACAGACCUCCAAGCUUUGCUGCAGAUCACAGGAGAAGGUGGAGCAUGGAGCAACCCCAUCCUCACUGCCCUCCUCACUGGCCAGGCCACCAACCCAGACGAAGUUGAAGCUUAUAUACUCUUGGAGGGCGAGGGCUUCAUGGAGAUGCGGGUUAAACACCUGGAGAAGAUGGGCGAGGUGGCGAAAGCGGUUGUGUUGGCCAAAGCCUGCAGCGAAUGCAGCUUCAUUCCCAACCAGGCCAUGUUUCGCCAAACAUUCGUCUCCCUUCUUUGUCACUUGCUGCCCAACGAGGAGGCAAUAAUAGAGAUAUCCAGGCUUGACUGUAAGGAUGUUCUGGAGAUCACAUGUAAUUUGGAGAUGGAGGGAGAAGAGAACACAGCCUUCAUCCUGUGCACAACCUUCCUAACGCAGCAGCUGCAGCAGCAGAAUCUUUACUGCUCCUGGGAGUUGACUCUGCUGUGGAGUAAGCUACAGAGGAGACUUGACCCCUCACUGGUGUCUCUUUUGGAACGAUGCCUUCAGCUCGGUGCCAUUGCCAAAACAGUUCAACACCUGCUUUACCUUGUUCGUGUUAUUCAAACAGAGGCAGAAGAAUUGGGAACACCUGCUUCUGUUGAACUUUGUGUCAAAGCCCUACAACUCCCAAAGCAGGAGGACUCUGAAACCAGAAUAUCUGUCUGCAAGACAAUAUCUUGUCUUCUUCGAAAUGAUCUUGAAGUGUUGCGUGCCUGCCAGCUCACCGAGUUGCUGCUUGGCUCUAGCCAGGAAGCCUUUACUUGUCUUGAAGAACUCUACUUACGGCCCGACCAAAAAUAUGACCAAGAAAACGAGGUUAUUCCCAACUCCCUACGCUGUGAGUUGCUCCUUGCACUAAAAGCUUACUGGCCUUUCGACCCAGAGUUUUGGGACUGGAAAACUCUUAAGUAUCACUGCAAUUUCUUGCUGGGACUGAAUGCCGAGUCAGAAGGGGAAGGGGAACAGGAAAAGGAGGUGAAGACUAAAAAACUUGAGGUACCAGUGGUUCAAAAGAGGGUUGAGACUGACCUCCACUGCAGGAUAAACGGAGGACUUGGGAGUCACGAGCAUCAAGACAAAAAAGAGCCUCACCCAGAAGUCGAUGCGUCUUCUGAGGUAAAAAGGGAAAAGUUUUGCUGUAAGAUUUGUAAGAGGUCAUUCACUGAUACUCAGAUCGUUCACCACUCCAAAAGACACUCCCAGGAAAACAAUCACCUCUGUCCAGUUUGCCUGGAGAAGUUUAAGAGCAGAAAAGAUCUUGUCCCUCACAUGAAAAAACACAUUGGAAGCAAAUCGAUUCCUUCUCAAAACAACACAAAAGAUGAUGAGGAGGAUGAUGUAGAACCUGGCGAGAUCACCUUAGACCCAUCUUUAGUGCUCUACUACAACUCCACUCGAGAUCCAGAUCUGUUGCAUCACAUCGUACAGCAGACCAAAACCUCCAAAGAGAAGAGUCCGGACGAUGAUGAGUAUGUAACGUUCGAUUACAUCGAACACCACUUCAAGCUGCAGAACCGGGAUGAAUAUCCAUGCCCGGGAACCAAGUGCAAGCGGGUUUUCAAGCAUUCCAAGUAUCUGUACGUCCACUUGAAGUCAGAUCACAAAGGUGACGAGAAUGUUAAGUACUUUCACCAGAUGAGAGACAAACGGGAAAAGUGUGUGUUUUGUCGACGGCAUUUUGUCUCAGCCUACCAUCAUCGCAAACACAGACGGGCCCACUACGGGGAUCAGCCUUACACUUGUGUGGUGGUCGGCUGCGGUGCGAAGUUCAGCACAUCGAACGAACUGGUUGUGCACAAGCAGACCCACGGCUAUCAGCUGAGCUACCAAUGCGAGCUUCAAGGCUGCUACGUCACCUACGCCGACUUGGGGCAGCUGUAUCACCACGAAGCACAGCAUUUCCGAGAUGCAGCAUUUGCCUGCUGUAGCACUGAAUGUAAGAAAUACUUCCUAUCCAAAAAGGAAUUUAUGAAGCAUUUAUCAACACACAAGAUAACUUUCACAGAAGAAGACUUUGAGGCUCAGAGGAAGGCAAAGCGAAAACUUUUUAAGAUCAUCACUGAACCCCCAGUGGGUUUCAACCAGCUGAGCGAUCCAACAGAUGGCGUCAAUGGAGAGGUUCUGAACCCUCCAUCAAUGAGUUGUGCCUCCUCUGUUGAAGAUUUUCCCAACAAGGAGCCCAAGGCCACUAUGACCCUUGUGGCUGUGUGCUUCGAUGGCAGCAAAUUUACCUGCGGCUUUGAAAAGUGUGGCAUGACUUUUUCCAGAGCCAGAGAUGUCCAGAGACACUUGAAAUGUGCACACCCGGAGCACCUUAAACUGGAGAACAGAGAGCACAAACACGACAAAGAGCAGGGCUCCAAGGGGAUGGAUACCAAUGUGGCGCCAGACGGUGAAGAAAAGGAAACGGAUGAGCACUCGGCUCCAUUAAAACCAGUCGAAACUGACAAAAAGACUGCCACCCCUCCCAAAAGCAACGAAACAAGCUUUUUGAGUCGCCAUGCCAAAAACGACGGACUAAAAGAAAUUCUACUUGGGUUGAGUAAACUAAGUUUGAACUCUGUGCCUCUUAGCUCGCCAAGUGAGCCCUCUCAGUCCAGUCAAGAUGCGUCUUUAAAGUUUAGUCAUCAAGCUAUCCUGGAGAAACCUCCAGUUGUAUUGCUCAACAAAAAUUCUGAUAUGUCUGACGAACAAAUGGUAGUAGCGAAGGAAGAAUACACCGAAUCGCUAGGUAAUGCAAAACCGUACGUCUGUGUGUACGCAGGGUGUGGCUUCAGGACUGCCAAGAGUUACAGUUUGCUGCGCCACUACAUCUCCAAACAUGGCUGCAGCCUUGAAGAAGCCCGUAAAAUGACCUCUUUCAAAACCACCUCGUUCAAACCCUACGCCUGCCAACUUUGUUCCAAGAGCCACAGAGAAAAACACGUACUUAGAGCUCACUACAUUCAAGCCCAUAAAAUGAGCGGGGCUUUGGUGGAUAAAAUAAGCUGUGGAACAGUACAACUUGAGCAAGACAAAAAGUCGUCCUCUCAACCCUUGAGCAACAUUGAUCCAAAAGGGAUAAAGAAAGAGACAGUGAUAAUGGAACACCAGCAGAAGUCAAACACGCCGAGUCUGAUUAGUGAGAACGGACAAAACUCUGACAAUCAUUCACCAUCUGAAGGGGAAGGAGAAGACGAAGUAGGGAGGAAAGAGGACAACGAAGAGCAGAAGGAGGAAGAUGAGACCAAAACUACACAGCAAGUCAGAACAAGACGUUUGGUAGCCAAAAAUAACCUGUGCUAUAUACUGGAUAAAUUCAGCAAACCCUUCCAUUGCGUGGCGAAAAACUGUGACGCAGCGUUCUCCACUCAGGGAGGCCUGGUGCGGCAUCUACAGUUCAUACACCAUUACAACCGCUCUCAACUCCUGCUGGACAAAGACUCUGAUGUCCAAGGUCCAGAGGUCCGAAAGGAGCCCGCGAGGAAAAGAGCUCAGCCAAACCCGGAUGAGCCUCAGCCUCAGUUUAAAUGUCACUUUGCUAACUGUCAUGCCGUCUACCACCUCAAAAGCAGUUUAGUGCGUCACACACGGGAUUUUCACUCGCAGCCACCUGAGCUCAUUAGAUGCAAGCAUGAGGGCUGCUCAAGGGUCUUCAGUCACAGCAGUGCUCUUAAAAAGCAUAUGCUUUAUAGUCACUGUGAAUACUAUGAUUCCCUGGUGGUACGACUUCAGAGCACUCACAAAAAGUCGAUUACUGGAUGCCAAAAUAAGCUUGUGGUGUCACAGGAGGGUUGCCAGAAAACAGACGCUGGUUCACCAGACACACAUGAUGGGACAUCGAGUCCAAGGGCCGAAGGAACAGAACAGUUGGAAGAGAACAGAGGCAACAGUUCACAAAAGAAAAAAGAGUCGGGGGCAAAGAAGUCAAAAAGAGCUAAUGUCAGCGACUUGGUCUUAAGAUCCCAUGAAGAAGCACUACAGAUGUGUCAAGACCGCUGCUUGCGCAUGGCCUACCCAUGCAUGGUCCAGGGCUGUGACUCUGUGGUGAAGUACCUGCACAGCGUGCACCGUCACUACAUGAAAGUGCACCAUUUGGGCCGGGAAGAACUUCACAAAAACGCAGACACCCUAGUGUUUCAUGCUGAGAGGCUUGAAGAGCUUAUCCAGAGGAAGUCUGCUCAACCAGCUGCGACGGGAGCAGGCAGCCCAAAUGAGGGACAAGAAAAAGAGACCCUAAAAGAGUCAGAAAGCCCAGAGGAGCAGCCAGAACCCACAGGGGUCCCAUCAGUCCCAGCUGAGUCGGAAAGCCCAGAGGAGCAACCAGAACCCACAGGGGUCCCAGCUGAGUCGGAAAGCCCAGAGGAGCAGCCAGAACCCACAGGGUUCCCAUCAGUCCCAGCUGAGACACAGGAUGGAGGCUCACCUGAUCCACCAAUUUCUACGGAGGAGCAAAAGGAGGAAAAGGAGGAGCCUUCACCUGUCGAGACAAAUGAAGUCCCAGUUGGUUCAAAUGAGGUAGUUGAAGGUGAAGCAAGCACAGAUGAAAAGCCUGAAGAAAUGCCAGUAGCACCACAGAGCUCUCCCAAACUUGAAGAGAGAUUAAGCUUAGAUCAAAUCCGACCUCUUCUUCGUCCCGUUACAGUUGACCUUUCACCUCCGUAUUCAUUACGCUUUGCUCCAGAGGAGAGCUCGCAAGAUACAUCAGAACACAAAGAGGAUUGUAAAAUGGUGAAUGGGUCGGCCGCGGUGAGCUCUCCUACCGUUCGCCUGCCACUAAAACGCAAAAAUGAAAUCUCUGAACAGCCCUCAAACGUGAAGGACACUCAGCCAAGCAGUCCUCAGCACUCGUUUGACAUCACUGCCUACAAGCCCAUCGGCUUUGAGUCCUCCUUUUUGAAGUUUAUCCAAGAAACCGCUCCGAAAGACGAAGAGGCCCUCGUGAAGCGGCGAGACACAUUCAAACGCAGCUGCUCAGUCAAAGAGAACCACCACCUGGGAAUCUCUCACACCCGCGGCAGGCGGACUCAUUCCCCACUGCUGAAGUCCAACAGCACCACUGGAGACUUUACAUCAAUCCAAAACUUGAAGUCCAUCUUGGACAAAGCACUAGCUGGGUGUGGGGACCUGGCCAUCAAGCAGCUUCAGUUCCUCAAACCAGUGGUGGUCCUUGGGAGACCCGUGUGCACCACCCUGCCUGACCUCUUCCCAUCAGACACCAACAACAGCAAACUGCUUCUUGGCAGUUAGUUGAAUUGAGCACCUUUUUGACUUUGCUUCUGGCAGAUUAUUUAGUAUCUUCAUAAGAUAUAUAUCAGUAUUUUUGUUUUAUUCACAAUUUCAUAUGUUUUUUUUGUAAGGUGCCAAAUUAAAGUUUUGUAAACAUUAGCUAAAGGCAAAUAAGAUCCAGUCUGCAUUUCAGACUUCAGUCAAAACCCACUUUGUAUUUCAACUCAUCACCACAAGUGUAAAUAUUGUAGUGCUCCAAGGUAAAUGUACAGCUCUUCAGAUUGUUAGAAAUGGUCAGUAGCGCAAUGCAAUGCCUUUUCACUUUUGUGAAAAUGUGACUUAAAAUAUUUCUUGACUGCAAUGUCCUAAAGGUUCAUGUUUGAAUUUUUUCCCCUCCACUCCAGUUUAUAUAAAAUCAGUGUUUGAAUGCAGUGGUCAGACUGUGGGGCUCAUGUAUGUAACACUUUCUAAUAAAGUAAGUGAAAAGAUGGA